AUGUAACGGAACAGCGGUUACAUUUAUGUUCUGCCCACGUUACUGGCAUCAGUUAGUGGUGGGCUCUGACAGUCUAACAGUGGUGUUUGGACCGAAGAGGUUCGUGAUGGAGACAUGCAAGGGCUGACUCUAGAAUUUUGGAUAUUUAAUACCUGUGUCUGUCUGGCAUCUGUCGGGGCCGUUCGUGUAGCCUGUGGGUCCCGGGCAAUGGAGUUGGAGUUGGAGAAGAGCCAUUUCCCUGGGCUCCAUGGGCAGGACUUGACCAUGAGGGAUGGAGGGUGCGGGGCAACGGACACACCCACGCACCUGCGUGUUACUGUGCCUCUCGAUGGGUGUGGCACUCAGGUCAAGAAAAUCGGGGAAACGUUUGUCUACGAGAACCAAGUGUUGUCUCACACGGUGCCAGUGAAGGGGUUGGUGACGAGGGUGAGGAACGUCAACGUCACCGUCCGCUGCUACUACAGUAGCAACAUCACGGCGAGGAACUUCUACGUUGUUGACACUGGCGAGCUGCACUUCACCGACCACAGUCAAGGAGCCUAUCAGAUAAGCACAGACCUUGUCCACAACGGAGACACAUAUCACCCAGGCAACGCCGUUGAGCCUGGCGACAACCUGUCAAUCAAACUGUCCCUCGACAACAACGAUUCGCACCUGCAGGUGUUCACUAAAAGCUGCAAAGCCACCCCCACUGACGAAACAGACCAUCCUGAACAAUACCAUAUUUUAGAAAAUGGAUGCGCGACCGAAUCGGCCUUGACCUUCAAAGACGUCAGUAAAAUGACACAGGAGACCUUGACCUUUGAGACGUUCAAUUUCGUGAACAAUUCUAACAUGGUGUACUUUCACUGCGAGGUGUUGGUGUGUGACGUGUCCGACCCUGAGUCCAGAUGUCACCACGGUUGUCUGACCCCCGGGAGGGGGAGGAGGGACGCUGGGGGGAGGUUCCGGAGGAGUUCCGACCGGAAGAGUCUCCGGGCCGAUGUUUCCGUCGCCUCACACCACCUGACUUUAGGACCAGUGGAAAUGCCUGGGGCCUCCAAGCGGACGAAACAUUCGGAAAACCAUGACCACAAAGUCUCGAACCCAGAGACGGUGCGAGCUGCUAUGACUGCUGGGCUAGCUCUAUUGGGCGUGGUCCUGAUCAUGAUCACAGUGGCCCUCUCCAUCGUUGUCAAGAGCGACGACGAAGACAUGGAGAUUAAGGAUGAAGCGUGUGAAAAACUUUUAGAUGGAGAUGAUUAGUAUUACGUUAUUAAACACUGAUGUCUUUUUUCA